GCGCAUGCGCGGUACUCUGCGCACGCGCAGUACUCGCGCGGCCGGGCUGAGGUGGCCGCGGCCGAGCUUGGGGCUGCACCCGGGGCGCUAUGGCCGAGGGUAGCGGGGAGGUAGUCGCAGUCCCUGCGUCCGGGGCUGCCAACGGCCUCAGCAAUGGGGCCGGCGGGACCUCGGCGCAGCCCAACAACCCGCUGUCGCGGAAGCUGCAUAAGAUUCUGGAGACUCGGCUGGACAAUGACAAGGAGAUGUUGGAAGCUCUUAAGGCACUUUCAACCUUUUUUGUUGAAAAUAGUUUGCGGACUCGAAGAAAUUUACGCGGAGAUAUUGAACGCAGAAGUUUAGCCAUCAAUGAAGAAUUUGUAAGCAUUUUCAAGGAAGUGAAGGAAGAACUUGAAAGCAUAAAUGAAGAUGUUCAAGCAAUGAGUAGCUGUUGUCAAGAUAUGACAAGUCGCCUGCAGGCAGCAAAGGAACAGACUCAAGAUUUAAUAGUUAAAACCACUAAGCUUCAAGCUGAAAGUCAAAGAUUAGAAAUAAGAGCACAAGUUGCUGAUGCUUUCUUAUCCAAGUUCCAACUAACUUCUGAUGAAAUGAGUGUUCUCCGAGGUACAAGAGAAGGACCUAUUACUGAGGUUUUUUUCAAGGGAUUGGGAAGAGUAAAACAGAUUCAUAAUGAUGUCAAAGUUCUCUUGCGUACGAACCAACAAACAGCAGGUUUAGAAAUUAUGGAACAGAUGGCUUUGCUUCAAGAAACAGCUUAUGAAAGACUUUAUCGAUGGGCUCAAAGUGAAUGCAGAACAUUGACACAAGAAUCAUGUGACAUAUCUCCAGUAUUAACUCAGGCAAUGGAAGCCCUGCAGGAUAGACCUGUUUUAUAUAAGUAUACCUUAGAUGAAUUUGGAACAGCCAGAAGAAGUACAAUUGUCCGUGGAUUUAUUGAUGCUCUUACUAGAGGGGGCCCAGGAGGUACACCUAGACCCAUUGAAAUGCACUCCCAUGACCCUUUAAGAUAUGUAGGAGAUAUGUUGGCUUGGCUCCAUCAAGCGACUGCUUCUGAAAAAGAACACCUUGAAGCUCUCUUAAAGCAUGUAACUACACAAGGUGUUGAAGAAAAUAUUCAAGAAGUUGUUGGACAUAUCACUGAGGGGGUGUGCAGGCCUCUAAAGGUUCGAAUUGAACAAGUAAUAGUAGCUGAACCUGGGGCAGUUUUAUUAUAUAAAAUUUCUAACCUUCUUAAAUUUUAUCAUCAUACAAUCAGUGGCAUUGUUGGAAAUAGUGCAACCACACUGUUGACUACCAUUGAAGAAAUGCAUUUGCUAAGCAAAAAAAUAUUCUUCAAUAGCUUGAGUCUUCAUGCAAGUAAAUUAAUGGACAAGGUUGAACUCCCACCACCUGAUCUUGGACCAAGUUCUGCACUAAAUCAGACACUCAUGUUGCUGCGUGAAGUUUUGGCAUCUCAUGAUUCUUCAGUUAUACCACUAGAUGCCCGUCAAGCUGAUUUUGUGCAGGUUUUAUCUUGUGUCCUGGAUCCUCUCCUUCAGAUGUGUACUGUAUCAGCCAGCAAUUUAGGCACAGCUGACAUGGCAACUUUCAUGGUGAAUUCACUAUAUAUGAUGAAGACAACAUUAGCUCUAUUUGAAUUUACUGACAGACGUUUGGAAAUGCUACAGUUUCAGAUUGAAGCACAUUUGGACACACUUAUAAAUGAGCAAGCUUCUUAUGUUUUAACUAGAGCAGGAUUGAGUUACAUCUAUAACACCAUACAGCAGCAUAAACCUGAACAGGGUUCUUUAGCUAAUUUUCCCAACCUAGAUUCUGUGGCACUGAAGGCUGCAAUGGUUCAGUUUGAUCGUUAUCUAUCAGCACCAGACAACCUGUUAAUGCCACAGAUUAACUUCCUUCUAAGUGCCACAGUGAAAGAACAGAUCAUAAAACAGUCUACAGAAUUAGUCUGCAGAGCCUAUGGUGAAGUGUAUGCCGCUGUGAUGAAUCCAGUCAAUGAAUACAAAGAUCCAGAGAGCAUUCUACACCGGUCACCGCAGCAAGUGCAGACACUUCUCUCCUGAUUAUAUUAUUUGAAUGUUAGCAAAAUCUUGCACAUCUAAAACACUGAAGGUUUUCUUGUUUUUUAGUCUGUUAAUCUUUACUUUCAAAUUUGAUGGUUACAGUUUUCUUUGUAUCGUAAGAUUGUAAGUCCCAGUAAUUGCUUUCUUUGGUUGCAAUAAUGUGGAAAUAAGUAACAUUUGUUGACCUGAAUUAGUGUUGCUCUAUAUCUACUCUCUAUGUAGAGAUGUCCUGUUCUCUGCUAGCCACCUCUCCAGCUCUGCAGUUUGCCCUCUAUUCUGGAAUAUAAUUAUAUGGAAAAAAAAUUAGUAUGAGAGGUUUGAGGGAUUUUUUUUACAAGAUUAGUUUUAAAUGAACUAUACAUAAAAAAUUAAACUCAGUUUAGUAUGAGGAUAUGAUCUAACAAAUGUCUCUGUACUUAAAGAUUAUUUAUGUGAGUAGGUGCACUUAAACUGAGGAGCAGAAAUAUACACUCAGCAAAAAGGGGUAAAGAGAAAGAGAAAUAAUUUAAACGGUGGAUUCCACUCUGUGUAUGCCGUGGGCUGAAUUCUGUAUAGGUAUCCUGUGUUGUGUUUAAGUCUAAUAUUUAAAGAUAGGUACUUGUUAUACAAUGUGAACUCUAAAUUCAACCAAGUACAAAUUUUGUCCAGUGUUCAAACCAAAGAAAUAAUGAUCUACUCUAAUAAUGGAAGAAAAAUGCCAGAGUAGCAGUUGCUAAUUGACAGUAAUUGAUGUCUAUCUCCAUGGUUGCCUCUUACCAAAAACCAUUUGGGUUCUCACUUUAGAACUUGACCUAUAAGUAAUAUUCAAAGUCACUGUGGUUUUUUGAGAAAUAAAUUUCAGUGUGUUUCAUGUGACCUUGCUUUGUUGGUAAGAUUUUGAAAAUAACUUAUUAGCAAAAUAUCUUAAUUUUUGGUAAAUCAACAAAAAUAAGUCAUAUUAUAAAUUAGAAAACAGGGAUAAGAAAACGUUGACUAGGUUAAGAUAUUUUGAAAAAUAGUAAAAUGAAAUUAAUACUUAUAUAAAAAUUUGUUAUAUAAAAAUAUAUAACAAUUAGUAUUUAAAGGACAUAACCUCUUCAUCUCUCUGAAAUUUAUAAUUAUUUAUGGAACAAGAUUAUAUAUCAUCUCUUUUGUUAUAAGUCUGUAUUUUUAGUCUUUUUCCUUCAAUGACUGUGUGAUAUAUAAAAGAUAGAAAACAAAGUAUGAUGUAAAUCAAGAGCUUUAA